AUGCACCACUCUUCCACUCCAAUAUCUCCACGAGCUUCACCCACACCACCCCCUUCUCCUCAUCAACCACCUCUUGCUCCUCCUCUUCAACCUACUGAAUUUACUUGCCAUAACUGCAACCAAAUUGUGGGACUUCCUUCUAUCAAUGUUCUCACCUUAGCUGCAAUUAUCGACUCACCUGUUGUGCGUUUUGCAGCUCAAGAUCAAGCACAGAAGCCACAAGCACGCCUUGACGCUCAUCAGGCUAAAGGACUCUUGCUCUUUAACCUGUGGCGCAUGCAACAUAAGCACGAGUCGGAAUCAGAGCCAGAGACGGAUCCAGAGAAGGAGAAGCUCACCCUGUCCUAUUUAUGCAGCCUCUGCGGCUACUGGAUUCAUCCAGAUUGUGCUUCAUUACUCAAUGCCCUCCAUUAUAAACAUCACCGACAUUCUCUUUUUCUCAUCUAUAAUCUCCCUACUUCACCUCAUUCCAAAUGCUUCAUCUGUUUUCAACUUCAUAAGGCUACCUCAGGGGUUUUUGUUUGUCUCAAAUGUACUAAUUAUCUUGUUCACAUCAACUGCGCCGUCCAAGAUCCCCAUACUUUCAAGCCAGUGCUUAUGCGAGAUGCAAAAGCCUGCGAUUUAGGCCGUUUGCCAAUGGCAAACGAACACACGAGUCUGAUUCCCUAUAUUAGACAUGAUAUUAGCAGUGAUGGUGAUGGUGACGAUGACGACGGUGGAGACAGUGAUCCAUCUAAAAUCCAUGAACAUCCAUUGAUAUUCCAUGAAAACUUCUUUCUCCACGAAUGCUGCGCUCGUCUUCCAGCGCUAAUCACGCACCCUGCCCACGCAGAGCACAUUCUCGUGCUCCACUCCAAAGCGCCCAAAACCGGCUUCUCCUGCAGGGGUUGCCAUCUACGCUGCAAUGGAUUCGCAUAUUCUUGCGAAACCUGUGAUGACUUCACGUUAGAUGUUGUCUGCGGCCUCAUCAACCCUGCGAUAACACACGAACCACACAAGAGCACCCACAUUCUCUUCAUGUCUCGCAGCAUGAUCAUCGAUGACAAGUGCAGCUGCUGCAAUUCCAUCUUGAAUGGGAUCUGCUACGAGUGCAGCAGCUGUCCUAGCUUCAAGCUACAUGUCAGAUGCGCCCUUCUCCCCAAAACUGUUAGCCACGACUAUGACCAGCACCCUCUCGGCUGA